UUAUGUGAAGGGUUAGGGGAAAAAGCAGGUAAGUCAAUUUUUUUGAUAUAUUGAGAUAUUGGAAGCAUUCAAUUCAGAAUUAGCGUAAGUAUCUUUAGAAAAACUUAAACUGGAUAAAAAGCAUGCUAGUCAGCCGAUAUACGGCUUCAAAGUUUUCCUAUAAAGGAAAAAAAGCAAGUAAGUCAAGCGAAAAGAGGAGUCAGUAAUUAUUACGAAACGCCGCCGCCGCCAUUGCCACCUGGCACGGUUCCUGCUACCGCAUUAUUAGUUUGUCAACAGCGUUUAAAGUUAGAUUGUUUUUCGUUUACUAUUGUUUCGUUAGUUUUGUAUCAUCUGUUUAGCUUUGUGUUUGCGACUAUACCGUAAUGUCAAGCUCGGACGAAAGUGAUAAACUUCAUAGUGAGCCAAAAAAAAAGAAACUGGUCGGAUGUCUGAUGUAAAUAAAAAAUUAAGACAGUGCAGAAAAGUUUACAAUCAAUGGGUUGUGCACCUAAGGAUAGAAGGGGUAAGCAUUCUAAGGAACACAGACAGCAAAAUAGGGUCACUGCAGCUUUGGUUGAGAACCAUAUCAAAAGUUUUAAAAGUCGCCAGAGUCAUUAUAGCCUUAAAUAUUCAGGUAAAUCUUAUUUGCCAGAAAGUCUAAAUAUAAAGAAAAUGUAUAAACUAUUCAAAGAAUUACACCCUGCAGCAGUGAUAUCUUAAGAUACUUACCGGAUGAUUUUCAACACGAAAUUUAAUAUUUCUUUUGGGUAUCCCCGCACGGACACUUGUGCAACUUGUGAUGAAUAUACAGCAAAAAUUAAAGCUUUAUCUGCGGAAACUGAUAAACAUCAAAUUCAACAGCUAACAACAAACAAUAUUCUUCAUAAGAAGCGGGCGGAAUGUUUUUACAACCAUAAGAAGAAAGCCAAAAUCCAGGCAAGAAAAAAUAAAAAGAAAGAAGCUAUUUGCAUAGAUUUCGCUAAAAAUGUCUUCCUGCCGCAGAUAGCUACCAACGAUGUAUAUUAUAAACGUCAACUUUCUAUGUACUCCUUCAAUGUCCACGUUCUUGCACCUGGUGAGUCAAUUUUUUACGUGUACGAUGAAAGUGUUGCCAAAAAAGUACCGAACGAAUUGGCCUCAUUCCUUUUUCAUUUUAUUAUGAACUAUUUGGAUGACGAAGUUCAGGAAUUGGACAUUUUCUGUGAUUCUGCAGGAGGGCAGAACAAAAACUACACGAUAUUUAGAUUCAUUCAUUACUUUACGAACAAUCGCAUCCAUGGCCUCACAGACAUUAAAAUUACAUUUCCUAUACGUGGACACUCAUACUUGGAGUGCGAUAAAAAUGUUGGUCUAUGGAACAUAAAAGCACCAAUGGAAAUACCAAAAGAUUUCGAAGAAAUGGUGAAAUUAUCACGAUCGAAACCAUCCCCUUUUACUGUGAUCAGUGUUACUAAAAGAAUUGUAUUGGAUUGGAAGAUAAUGUUGCUAUCACAGUAUGCCGCUAAAUGCCCUUUUAAAACGCAGCCUAUCAAAGUCAUACAAGCUUUUUCUAGCCAUAGCCGUUUGUUACAAUAUCGCACCACGUACUUUGGAGAAAUGCUGACAAGCAUUAUUAGAGCACCGCGGCAUAGUCAAUCAUUGCCAAAGAGGUUGUUUGAGCUUACCUCUCCAGCUUACAAUGGCCUCCUGCCAAUUUCCAGAGCCAAAUUCAACGAUUUGCAAAGUUUAAUGAAGUUUUGUAGCCCUCUGCUGUCAAGUUCUUUCUCAAUAUACCCCAUGACUAAUUUAAUGUCUGGAUCAAUCUGGAUACAACCAACAUCAUGCUGGCUUUUUACUUUCUUUGAACAUAAUACUGUAGUUAUUUUUAUAAACAGUCUUUUGAUAAGCUCUCAUACUGAUUUUGUACCGUUUUUAACAUUAAAUUGUGUUUUUCUCAGUUUCGUGAACAAUUGACUACCUGCUUUUUUCCCCUGACCCUUCAUGUGUCAACCAAUAACAAGUGGGAUAUCAUCGUCUUUAGAGAAAUAAUACGCGUUUACAUAACACACUAAAUCACAUUUGUUUUGCCACAAAUUAGUCUAACCCAGUUGUGAAAGUCCCCUGAAAACGCAAAUCAAUUUCUGUGACCUAGAAUUACCCAUGCUUUGUUUAAGAAUAUAGAAAUAACUAAACACCUCUCUUAAAAUUAAUUAAAAGAAUUACUAUAAUAUGAUAAAAUGAAGGACAAAUAUUUGAUGAACAUAAGAGAAAUCAUCAUAAUGAAAGUCUAAUCGCAAUUUAAAAUAAAAUUUUAUACUACAAAAAUAUAAUUUUUUUGUGAUACAACAUUUUUUACUAACUAUGCAUGCAAUCAAUCGAUAGCACAUGUAUAAAUCCAAAAAAAGAAUUUGGUUAAAUAUGAGAUACCGUGGUACCUAAUAGCAGAAGCGAGUCGAAGGAGAAUGAAUAUUGUGUAGAAACUUUCGCUUCUAGGUAAUUUGUAGUUUCACUUAAAUCGUUUGGAAUAUUGUUAAUAGUGUUAGUUAUAUUCUAAACAAUGAUCUAAAUUGCUAAGUGUUCUGCAUAAAGGGACAUUGGAAAUCAGUGGAUGAGUUUUAGCAUUAGGUAACUUCAUCUUAGGUGCAUGUGUCUGUUGUGAAAUGGGAACAGCCAAUAACACCUCUACAAAAGGACAAAGCGCUCCAAAAAAUUUUGCUCGUGACGUCACGCGUUUGGGCCAUGCACUUCGGGUUGAUUUUCAGGUGAAUUCGGCUGUUGACGCUGCCGUUGUUCGUCCGCGGAAGGCUGCCUGCAACGCUGCCAGACUUUGCAGAUUGCCGUGAACAUUAGGAUGCUGUAUUACUAUCUUAAAAUAAUUAAAUCUAUAUCUUUAACUGCUCUUACUUUACAAUUUAGUUAAAAAAAAAGAGUGCAUCCUUAUUUCUCUUUUCAUAAUUUAAACUUCCAUUUUUUCAAAUUUUAUCAUUUAUCUAAUACCUUGUUACUUGCCAAUAGGAGUUCUUUCUAUAUAAAUCUGACAGCGGCGCAUCUACUAGUUGUGCCACCUGAUGAAACGAGAGGUUAGGUUGUUUAUAUUUAUGUUCUGUUGUUGCCGGUAUUUCUGACGAGAUCCGCAGUAAACAUUAGCUCAUUUUUGUGUUUUUUUUCUAAAAUCAGUUUAUUUCCGCGAAACGUGUAUGUUAUAUUUAUGUAAACUCUUCGCGUACUUUUAAAUCGCAAAAUCGUACUUUCGGACUAGAAAAAUCCUCUGAAAAACCGGGUCUCCGGCGCGCCGCGGUUUUAUUUGUUUAUAUCAGACUUUAAUAGUUCAGUUCGUGUUUAAUUUAAUGUUUUUCUCCUAGUUCGGCUUGUAGUUUAUACCAGGGUGUAAAUAUGCCUUAAAUGUGUUGUGUUCCGGGUUGUAACGGAAACUAUAAAAACGGACCUAAAGUGCAUGUCUUCGGUUUUCCUAAGGAUAUACCUAAAUCUAAGGGGAAAAUGGGUAAAAGCCAUACACAGAGAUGACUUUGAGCCCACAAACAACACCAAAGUAUGUGAAGCUCAUUUUCCUGAAGGUAGUAUAAUAAAGAGUACUUUAUUAUACGUUUUAUUAUACAUAUUAAGUUCAAGAUUCCAACACAGGUAAAAUUUUUACAAUAGAAUUACUAAAACCAUGGCUGAAACUUUUGAAACUUUUCUAUAUAGCGAGCCAGUUUGUGUUUUAACAUCAAAAUUUAAAACUCCAUAUACUUCCCAUAGUUUAUAUGAUUUAUAUGCAAUACUUGAAGCAAUAGACCUUACUAUUAUUACCCUGUCUUUGGAGGAAAAUGUUACCAAUAAUGACAACCCCGACUGUGACUUAAAUCUGCCACCUACAAAUACUGCUAUCGAGACUGCUACCAAUACCCUUGGCAAUACUAUUCUCGAUCAUGCCAAACCAUCAAAUGACAUAAAUAAAAUGAAAUGUGUGUUCCAUUUUGUGUCAAACAUACUAAAAAGUUUUAAAAACAUUGAAGACAACAAAAUAGUGCAUUCUUUAGAUUUUAUUUGUGAACAAUUAGCUUUGUUUACAACUGCAAAGAAAAGGUACAGAUAUUCAAGUAGUACAAUAAUUUUGACUUCUAUAAUCUAUACUAUUAGUCCUCAUGCAUACAAGUAUUUAAGAGAUUAUGGAUCCCUAAUUUUACCACAUCCUCAAACUAUAAUGGGUAUUUGUAAACACAUGACCGAUCCCCACAUAGAUGAAAAAAAAAUGUUUUUAACUUAUGCCUGAAAUGUGUUUAGUUUACUAAAGGAUCAUGAGAGAUUUGUGACACUCUUUUUUGAUGAAAUUCAUAUUGACCCUUACAUGGACUAUAAAGGCGGUAAUAUCACUGGAACAUCAGUCAAUAAUAAGUCUCUAGCUUCAACGGCAUUUACUUUUAUGAUUACAAGUGUGUGUUCCAGCUUUAAGGAAGUAGUUCACAUAGCUCCCAUCUCCAAAAGUACAUCAGACAUACUUUAUAAUUUUAUUAAGACAAUUAUUGAAAAUUUAGAGGAGAUUGGGUACAUAGUUUUUUAAUAGUGUGAUAAUAAUGCCAUUAGUCAUUUUUCAACUGCAGACCAACUUAGCAUUGUUUAUCCUCAUCCCAUAGAUAAUCAGAGACCAUUAUUUUACCUAUUUGACACAGUUCACUUACUUAAAUGUGUAUUUAAUAAUUGGCUUAACUCUAAACCAGACCAAAAAUUUUAUUUUCCUGAUUUUGACACCUCGAAGAAAAAAUGUGCUUCUUUUUCUGCAAUUAAAAAAUUACAUGAACUGGAGUAUACCUAAGCUUUUUAAGCUUUUAAAGUCAAUAUAUGUAUUUAUGUGUAUAUAAUAACAUUUUUUUAUACUUAAUGGUAUAAAAAAAUACCUAAAUACGUAUGUUGAAUUUUGGCGCAGAUGUAGGGGAGUUGGGAGUCUGCAUUUAAUAUUACACCAUAAUAUUUAACCUGACAUUCAACCAGAACUAAAACAUACCUUUAAAUGUUUCCUGAACUCUAUUCUAUUCCUAGCAUUUUUUAAAAUAAGCCAAAUAUUGAGAUAUUAGCAUAUGAAAUCCCUUGGUUUUUAAAAAUCGGUGGCCCACAUCGAUGACGUCACGCGCCAAGCACUAAGGCCUUGUCUUUGAGUAGG